AGCAUUGAAUGAACAACUACAACAGUUCGUUUGAUAAAAAUUAAAAUGUCUUUAUAUUUUCAAUUACGUGUAGUUUUAAUUCAAUAUUAAGUUGUGCCGUGUCAAAUUAUCUAUCAGAUAACUAAUAUGAUGUGAUUGUUGAUUAUAAGUGCUGCUAUUUAUUAUAAAAAAGAUUAGUUAUUUUAUUAGAAUCAUUUAGUUAAAUAACCAUAAUGUUAGAAGAAAAUAUUUUAAGGUUAUGUGUGGUGCUGUUACCGAAAGGAGUAAUGAUAAUUACCAAAUAUUCUGAAGAGAAAUGUUAAUAUAGUUUAAUGUUAAAUUAAUAAAUUUGAGUAAACAUGGAUUUGAAGAACAACCCGUUUGCAAAGGUUUUCCCUAGUAUUGAAGCAGCUGAAAGAUAUGCUGAAAGAGUGAGGGAAGAGGGCAGAACUGUUUUCUUAAAUGAACUGGAAAACCACGAACUCCAAGGAAAAGACUUUUUAAUUAAUCUUAUCGUAGAAGAAGUUUUCAAUUUUACUUUGUGUAAAAAUCCGCCAGCUUUCAAGAGAGGUAGCGAGACUCAUUUAUUAUAUCUCGAGGACGUAUCAGGGAUAGGAAAACUAGGUAUUGAUUACAUAGAAUCUUUAGAACUGGUAUUGUUUGAGAGAUUACUGUUAGAAGAGCCAACAAAGCAUUUGAUUUCUUCAAACAAGUCUUCAAGCCCUAAAAUCCAUGUAGUAGAAACACAAUGUCUUUGUUAUUUAUUUGAAUGUUAUUGUAGAUUAAAGAAACAGAAUUACCCUGAGUUUAAAGAAUCUAUUAAAAAGAUGAUUAGUUAUGUUGUACGGAAUGCAUCAACAGCUUUAAAACAGCCAGAAGUUUACGAAAAGCAGAAUGUUUAUCAGCAGGUUUUAGAUUUAUUUUCCGGUGGCCUAUAUAACACCACUGAGCUAACGUCUUUUCUCUCGGAAAUCACAGAUGAUAUCGACAAAGAAGAGGGUAGCGAGACUGUCUUCUCAGCUUUUUCCCUAGUUCUUUCACUUGUGCAAGAAAACUUGAACCAAUCAAACAUUUUGACGUACAGCCAAUACAUGAUACACGUGCUUCACACGUAUGCAACUAUACCAAAGUUGGCUGCGGUCCUGCUGAGACAAGGACACCAUAGAGAUUCGAACCAUGUGGGAAGAUCGUUUGCGGAAUCUGCUCUUGGCGCUGCCUUCAAUAUUUCCAUUCUCCCGAAAAAUUCCUAUCUCCAGUAUGAGUUCUUCGAUAGACCAUUGGAUUCUAAUUUGAAAGUGCUGGAAGAUCAGCUGUGGACGAGUACAAACGGCGUUGUCUGCAGUCUUCACAACAUCGUGAUGGCCCUUUUGAAGUCAAAUCGCCAUGAAACGCUGACAUGGCUAGGCAACUGCCUUGACAAGAACGCCCCACGCGGCCGUCUGUCUGCCCUGAAUGCAUUUUCCCUAGACACUCUCAACUGUGUCUCAGAUGGCUUCAUGUUGAACCUCAGUGGCGUACUGCUGCGGCUGGCCGAACCCUUCAUUGCUGACAUUCAGAAUCUUAAGUGGCUCAAGAUUGACCCUACCUACCCGGCAGCAAAGGUAUCUGCAGACGGGGAAAACGGUGUCCACAUGGGGUCUUUGGGCUCCGACACAUGCUUGGUGUCCGCAGAGGAGGGUCAGCAGAGGCCGUGCGCCAAGCAAUUCUCGUUCAUCUCCGAGUGUUUCUACAUGACGCAUCGAGCGUUGAAUCUGGGCGCAGCCGUGGUACAGGACAAGGCCCAGAGCCUCUAUCAGGAAAUAGGCAUGAUGCAGGCGAGGCUAGGGCCCGAUGCACGCAACGACGAGAUGGAAACUGCUAUGGCUAAAUACCUGAGUCUGCGCUGCGCGCUCAUCGAGCCUUCGACGCUGAUGCUGGAAGGUCAGUUUGUGAUGACCACCUGCACAUGGCUGGUUCAAGUGGUGCUAGACCCUGACCUGCGAGAGGACAGGGAGGCCUUCAACCUCACAGAGGUCAGAGAGGUCACCUUUCCUCUUCCAACCACGGCUCCGCCAACUCUGAGAUGUAUACCUGAAGUCUUACUAGAGAAUGUGUCUCACUACCUCGUGGCCACGAAGAGAUUUGAAGUUGCUGGAGUGAUCCAUGAGGAUCUACAGCAGCUGGAGCCUGUGCUGACGUACUUGCUCGUGUUCAUGAGCGGGUCGGCGCGUGCGCGCAACCCCCACCUGCGAGCUCAGCUGGCCGAGUGUCUGGACUGCCUCCUGCCCAAGGAGAAGGCCAGCUCUGCUAUCUCCACCUUCGUCAGGGAACAGUUGUUCAAGACACAUCCCCACAGAUCACGGAUUGUGGAGUCUUUGCUGGAUGUGUUUGUGGGAAUCGAGAUGACAGGACAGAGCGUAACGUUCGAGCAGAAGUUCAACUAUCGUCGGCCCAUGUACACAGUGAUGGAGUACCUGUGGAACCUGGAAGAGCAGAAGCAAUGUUUCAAGAACCUGGCAGCAGAUGCUGAGGCCAACAUGGAGGCAGUGAACCCCCCACUGUUCCUCAGAUUCCUAAACUUGCUGAUGAACGAUGCUGUCUUCUUGUUGGACGAGGCCCUCAGCAACAUGGCCAGUCUGCGGACCAUGAUGGCUGCCAGGGAGGCAGGGGAGUGGGAGAAUCUGCCACCUAAUGAAAGGCAAAGGAACGAGAACAGUUUUGUCCACAUCGGUAUGACGGCAAGGUUCGAUAACAUUCUUGGCACCAAAACUAUAGAAUGCCUGGUGUACCUGAGUUCGGAGAUCAGGACCAUAUUCUGCCAUCGGACCAUGGUCGACAGAAUCGCAGCCAUGCUCAACUAUUUCCUUCUCCACCUCGUGGGUCCCAACAAGAAGAAUUUCAAGGUGAAAGACCAGCUGAAGGAGUACUCGUUUGAUCCUGCAUCAAUCGUACUGAACAUCUGCAAGAUCUACAUCCACCUCAGCGACAGUGAGGAGUUCUGUUCCGCUGUGUCUAGAGAUGGACGCUCCUACAGCCCUCAGCUAUUUGGUCUUGCUGAGAAUGUAUUAGUGCGUAUUGGUGGCGGUAUGAUCGUAUCAAGCCUGCAGCGUGUGGCGGAGGAGGUGCAUAGGUUGGCGGACCUGCAGCAGCAGGAGGAAGGGCUGUUGGGAGAGGUACCGGAGGAGUAUCUCGACCCGAUCAUGUCCACACUGAUGACCGACCCAGUGAUACUGCCGUCCAGCAGGCAGAUUGUCGACCGUAGUACCAUCGCUAGACACUUGUUGAGUGAUCAGAGUGACCCGUUCAAUCGAGAGCCGCUGACGAUGGACAUGGUACGAUCAGCGACAGAGUUGAAGGAGCAGAUCGAAGCUUGGGUGUCACAGCGUCAUGGCGACACCGGCUCGUGAUCUGAUACAAGAAUAGAAGUGACACUGUGUUCUACAAACAAUGGCAAGAGGGAACAACAAUGAAUAAAUCAUCAAUUAUUACAUUGUACAAAUAAUUGUUUAAUUUUUAAUGGAAGUGUCUGAGCAGUGAAAUUAUUUUUACUGUUUAUUGUAUAACCCCUUUUCUUUUCAAUUAUAUUACAGUGUGAUGAUGCCCAUCUCCCAUGGCUAUGCAAAGCUAACUGUGCCUGAUCAUUGUAUUCAUAUUUUGUGUGAGUUGUUUAUACUUUGAUUAAUUUAAACACAAUUGUAUGAUUUUUCUUGCCCAGUUAUCCUUUCCAAAACACAUUUUGAUAUUUGCUCAACAUCGUUGUAUUUAAUGUGUUUAUGUUGAUGUGUGAAACAAGUUGUCAUUUUUGCGGAUUUUUUCAAAUAUUCCGUUAAGAGUUUUGUUGCGUUUGUAACAUACUCUAUUUUGUUUUAUUGAGACUACUUAUAUAAUUAUGCCUGUUUUGUAGUAACAGAAUAUUUUUAACAGCAUCCCUGUCCAAUUGUAUAAGCAAUAUCCUUGAAUUAUAAAUGAGUUGUUGACGUUAUCAUAUUGAAUUUUUACUGAAGACAUGUGUAUAGAAAAUAUUCAUGGAUUCAUAAAAACAUACAAACCAUACCUUGCAUUUUAUCAAAUAAAACAUUUUAAAUUAUUAAAAGUAACGUAUAAUAUGUAUUUUUUAACGAAAAAUAACCAAUUUUUUUUUUUUUCAAAGAAAUAAACAUAAACAAUUUAAAAGAACUAAAUUCCAUAAUUUUGUUUAAAUAAUUUAAAAAAGCUUUUAACCCAUUGCGGACGGCUAUAAUCACCAUAAUAUGUAAAAUUUUUAGGUUUGGUCAGAAAAUUUUAAAUAAAAACAUGUUUUUUUGCCACAUGUUCAUGGAAAACUUGGUAUGUUAUAGUAAAUUUACACCAAAUAAUUUUUUUAUGGUUUUUAUUGCAAAAGAGGUAUGCUAAAAUAUCCAACUACAGUGUUGGCAAUGCAAAAAGAAAAUUUAAAAAAUCAUUUAGUUCUUGCUUAGAAGGUUUUUAUUUAUAUUUUUAUUAAUAACCUCUGAUAAAUACAAUUUAAUAGUUUUACAUAAAAAAACAAAUUGGUAUGGUUUAGCACUGAUUUUGCGGAUAUAUCCGUGGACUGUCCGUGAAGAAUGUAAUCUUAAGUGGAUGUAUCCACAUCCAUCCGCAAAGGGUGAAGUUUCCUGUAGCAUAAAAAUAUUAAUGUUAUUUAUUCUGUGUAACAUUUAAUAGCUCGAAAACGUGCUGGAGUGGGAAAGCUCAAUCGUAUUGCUGAGUUUCAUAGUUUGUUUUGUUAUAUACAAAUAUUCUUUUAUAUUUUGUUUUAGUUUUAGUUGUAUGAAGAGUGUAUGAGUUAUAAAAUGUUGGUUUUUUUAUGGCUAACAGAGUGAUUUGUGGAAAAUCUGGCCGUCGGUAUAAAAGAUAUGAGCAUUAAUAACGAAUAAAUCUUUGUGUGCAUUUUGAGACUGUCGUAUAUAUUGAUUUUAUUUUUUAAUUUUUUAUGAUUUAAUUACAUUGUUCUCUUACUAUAAAUAAGUCCAAAGGUUAUGGUUACAUGGUAUUAUUCACUAAGGCGUGUGUGACUUAACCAGAAUUUAGCACAAUGAUUUACAUAAUUCUUAAUAAAUUCAAUUCUAUAAAAAGAAGAUUGGUGUUUUUCCUGAAAUGCUUAUUAAGCAUCAAUGAGUUACAGACAAGUCUUGCCGAAUGUUACACAAUAAUUAAUUAUGUUUAGACGUUGAAAAACGAAUAAAAAUGUUGCAGUGUGCAUUUUUUGUGCGUUUGUUAAACUGGUUUUUGUUACUUUGUCAAUGUUUGAACUGGACCAUUUGUAUGUAAAUAGCAGUGCAAUAGUUUAUGAAAAUCCAUCCCAGUUAAAUUUGCUUUACAAAAUGUUAACACCUUUUGUUAGUCAUUCCACUUGGUACUGUGUAUAGUAGCUUUAUAAAAAAUAACAAAAAAAAAAAAAAAAAACAGAUAUACAUCAUGUUAUAUGUUAUUGUUUUCAGAAAUAAAUAAAGAACAUUAAAUUGGAAAACGUGUUUGAUUUAUUUGUAUAUUGUUUAUUUAUGGAUUUUCAGGAUAUGGUUUUAAAAAUGGGAGACAUCGUUCUUGUAAAAUAUAUUACUUAUGAAUAAAUAACCACUUUGAGAUAUAUUUAUAGAAUAAAUUACUUAAAAGUUUAGAUAAAGUAAAAACCAUACUAGCAGUCAAACUAUAUGUGGUUUACUUGCGAACUAUACCAAAGUUAUAAAUGAAAAUGGCCCAAAUAAAUAGAAAACGGGUGAUUGUAUGUAUCAAAAAACAAUAAUUUUAUUAAUACAAAUAUACAAGACUGUUUUAAGUUUUAUAUUUCGCUUAAAAGUAAUUAUUUAAUAAGUUACAAAUAAAAUAUAAUUUAAUAACAAAAUAAAUAAAUACCACCUUUUUCGGUAUUAUGAUAAAGUACUACUAUAAAAUACACUAGGGAAGCGAUUGUUGGAAGUAGAUUGGAACUCUUAUUUGUUGUACAUUUUUAACCUCAAUAUUUCUGUAAGAUAUUGUAUAAUCUCAUUUUCUGGUGGCGUUAUUUCCUUCUUGUUGAAAUAAUACUGUUUUAUAACAGAAUGUUAUUAAAGAUAAAAUGACCAGACACUAUACCAAUGCAAUGCAGAAAUGAAGCAGUGCUUAGUGUCUGACCUAGUACUUAUAUGAUUGGUGACAAACAUUUAUAAAUUUACCAUCAAUUAUGAAGUACUGUGUACUUGGAAUGUUGGAGCAAACCUUAUUCUCAUAUUAAUACUGUCUAAUGGUUGUCAAAUGCAUUUUAUCUUGUGAAAUAUUGUUAUUGUUUUUAUCUGCAAUUUUUCUGUAAAUACAAAUUUGUAUUGUUGCAA